ACAGAACUCUGGGAACUUCAUCACAGCAAAACAAGAAGGUUCAAAUUCUACAGGGUCUGGUUUAAUAGGGAGCUCAAAAAUCACUUUCGCUUCUGUUUUGUUCUUCAUUCUCAGGUCAGUGAUCAUCCUCAUUACAUUUAAGCCAUCAUAACUUUCUACCUUAGAAUAGCAAAGUGUUCAUGAAUUCCUGCAAUGGCUGUAAAGCUCCGGCCUUUAGCUUUUUCCAAGAGAAUCCCCAUGUGGGUUUGUUCAAGUGCUUACCUUUCUUCAAUUUCAUGCGCUAAAACCAUUGAAACUCACCCAGAAAACAAUCCUGACCCACCAAAUUUAUCUGAAUUCGAGCAAAAUAUUCAGUCUUUGAGGAACAAGCUUGUUCCUGAUAACUUGGUCCGGGUUUUGGAUAACACUGAUGAUUUGAGCUCGGCAGUGAAGCUAUUCAAAUGGGCUUCACUCCAAAAACGGUUUAGCCACACCGCAGAAACAUAUUAUAAGAUGAUUCUGAAGCUGGGUUUGGCUGGAAAUGUUAAGGAAAUGGAAGGGUUUUGUCAUCAUAUGGUCAAAGAUAGAUGCCCAGGUAUUGGAGAAGCUCUUUUGGAAUUGAUUGAUGUGUUUGUUAGGCAUGGUAGGCUGAGUGAGGCAAUAAGGGUACUUGUGAAUAUGAAAGCAGGUGGAUAUAGGGUCUCAAUUGAGACAUUUAAUGUUGUAUUGGGUGCUCUUGUGAAAGAGAAGAGGGAUUUUCGAGACAUAGUGCUUGUUUAUAAGGAGAUGGUGAAGGCAGGGAUGUUACCGACUGUUGAGACUUUGAAUUAUAUGUUGGAGGGUUUGUUGGAGACUGAUCGGAUUGAGUCGGCUUUGGAUCAGUAUAGGAGAAUGAAAAAGAAAGGGUGUAGUCCUAAUAGUAGAACAUUUGAGAUAAUCAUACAGGCUCUUUUUGCAAAAGAUCGAGAGGAUGAAGCUGUUGUUGUUUUAAGUGAAAUGUUCGAACUUGAUUGUCAGCUUGAUUUGAGUUUUUAUACCUGCAUAAUACCUUUGUUAUGUGGGGAAAAUAAACCAGCAGAGGGAAUCAGGUUGUUCAAAAUGAUGAGAGCUUCUAAUUUUAUGCCGAAUUCUCUGAUUUAUGGGGUUUUAUUACAGUGUUUAUGCAAGAACCUAUAUUUAGAUGAUUCGAUAAAGGUUCUAGAAGACAUGAUAGAAACUGGGUUGACACCACCUACUAAUUUGUUUGUGGAUGUAAUGAAUGUCUUCUGUACAUUUGGAAAGAUAGAUGAUGCUUUGAAGUUCUUGGAAGAUAAGCAUAUCCUUGAAACUUCUGCCUAUAAUGUGUUGCUUGAAGGUUGCUGCAAUACCGGUAAACUUCUCACAGCAAAAGAUCUACUUGUGGAAAUGUCCAAAAGAAACCUAGCUGAUUGUAGUUCUUGGAAUAUUCUCAUCAGAUGGCUCUGUGAGAAUGCAAGGAUUAGGGAAGUGUUUGAACUUGUAGGUAGAAUGGUGGUGUCAUCUUCUAUUCCUGAUUGUGCUACAUACUCAGCUCUUGUUGUUGGCAACUGCAAAAUGAGCAAUCACAGAAAAGCUCUUGAUAUAUUUCAUCACAUUCGCACCAAAUACUGGGUUUUGGACCCUAGAUCUUACUCUGAGCUUGUCAAAGGCCUUUGCCUUGUGGAAAUGACUCGUGAGGCGGCUGAUGUGUUCUAUUACAUGUCUAGUAAUGGAUGCUCUCUCCAGUCUUCCUCCUUCAAUAUGUUGAUCAAGGGUAUUUGUGAGACAGGAGAGGUUGUUGAAGCAAUAAAGCUACAGAAACUGGCUUAUUGUUCUGGUACUUUUUAUACAAGUUCAACUUACUCCACUGUUUUGCUUGGAUUGUCAAGAUUAGACAAGACAAAAGAACUGCUAGUUAUCCUAUCAAAAAUGCUGGUGGAGGGUCGCAAUCUUGAUUUGGACGCCUACUGCAUCCUCAUACAAUGCAUGAGUGUGCAGAAUCGAGUAAAAGAAUGCGUAUUGCUUUUCAGCAUGAUGGUCAGUAAGGGUCUUGUACCUGAUUCAGAGAGACUAGUUAGUCUACUGUCUUGUAUAGCCAAACAUUCUCAGUUGCACAGAAUUUUAGGAUCAAUACAGAAACUUAUUCCCAAUAGUGAAGUUCUAAAUUCAACAACCUACAACAUCCUAAUUCAUGGCCUCUGGAUAGAGGGUUAUAAACGUGAUGCCAGCAGAUUUUUGGAUAUAAUGUUGGAAAAGGGUUGGGUGCCAGAUGCCAAGACUCAUGCGUUGUUGAUUGGGUCUGCUGUUAGUGAUGAAGUAGAUAAGAGAUCAAUGGACUAUGAUACUUUUAGUGUCCAAGAUACUGUUAGCAACAUCCUGGCAGAGGGCUUAGAUGCAUCAUGAUAAAAACUUGAUCAAUGGACUAUGAUACUUUUAGUGACCAAGAUACUGUUAGCAACAUCCUGGCGGAGGGCUUAGAUGCAUCAUGAUAAAAACUUGCUUGGCAUGCGAUAGUUGAAGAAUUUAACUCCGUUAGUCACAUGAGAAGUUGUCGUUCCGAAUUCCUCCUGUCUGCCCUCCUCAGCCAAUUACUUGGCUAGAAUGCGAAGAGUUUUUCUUCAGCAUUCAGGGUUUAUGUAAUAAGUCCAGAUUCUGGAUUAGCAGAUCCACCUUUAGGCUCUGGGGGAAAGUCUGGCACCUCGGAAUGCAGCGUUCUUCAUCAGUCCACAAUCUACUAUUGGAGUUGCGGCGGUCAUUUCUCCAAGCAUCUUCUUAUUGGGCCAGAUGUCAAUAAAGAAAAAUUAACUAGAUUUAACCAAUCAGGGUAAUGGAGUUACCAAGAGGCUAAGAAGGCUACCAUUCUUUAGAGCUUUUAAAACCAUGAUUUUGCAGACAUGGAACCUCCAAGUCUGCCUUGUCAAUGAACUUGAUGACAGUUUGAUCCAUCCUACUUCAAGUAACAUUCUACACUUUAGAGAUAUAAACUUCUUGGUCAGGAAGGUCAAAUAAUGAACAUUUCUAAAUAUUUUGCACCUUUUCUCUGGUCAUAUUAUUAGGUUAUGGAGACGUUUAGUUUUGGAAAGAUUAUACUUUGAACGGUAUACUGAAGCUUGUUACUGUGUUUUCUUAAAUUCAAGGUCAAAAACCUGGAAAUCUGGUGUGCAUCGUUUGAAUGCUGUUAUGGGUUGGUUAAGGCAGUCUGGACAUCUGGAUGUAAGUGCAUGUCAGGCUCGAGACAUUCAAUCAGUUCCUUGAUAUCAGAAAUAAUACAGAUCCUACCUCACAAUUGUAGCUCACAGGGGUUCACUUACAGCUUUAGCAUUCAUUGACAUGUUGCCAGUGGCUCAGUUAAACAGCUCAUAUAGGUCCGAGGGAGAACAAUAACACAGCUUUAGCAGUCACUUUCAGAUACAAGCUGUAGUUGUAGAAACUGAAAUAUGUGGUCAUACUUUGGAGGCCAGACCAAGAUGUAUUGGCCUACUACUGACCAAUACUCAUCACUUGAGAAAUCAGUGUCAAAGAAACUUCUAUUUUCUAGAAAUAUGUAUCGCACCAGUUUUCUCAGUUGACAUAUCACUUGUGCCAAACUGCCCUUGAUAGUUGCCUCCAAUCAGUUGAGAUCACCAAAUUCUCUUGUUGCAGCUAUUAGAUUUGUGAGUAAUUGAACCAUACCAAUCAUUGUUGCUAUGAAAAAUAUGCACAAUCGUAUUAGCUGAUCUGCUUUUAU